CUUGUAACAUGGAUUAGCCAACAACCUGGUCACAGCCAUUGAGAUGCACUGUCAUUUAUCAAUUCAUACAUGUAUCACUGUCUGGACACUACAUACCUGGCUGCAGUUACAUUUACCUAAGAGUGAUUUUUCUUAUAUUGACCCAGGUAAAGUAUUUGCAUAUACGCCGUAUCUGUAUCAUGGUGCUCCAACAUUUCGUUCCUGCGACUGGUGACUCACCUGACAUCCAACUCCUUUCCGGCCUCAUUUUUGCAUAUAAAAUGUAAAUAAAUACGUUGAUUGUUUGACUCUAUUCUCCAAAUGCCAGCUAUGCGCCUAGCAAUGGCAGUUCGCAGCGGUGCUGGUGCUGCAAAUCGCGGACAACUCAUUUUCCCUUGCAGACCAACCGGCACUCCGCAUCCGCCCAAACCAUCGUCCCAUAUCACCAACCUGAAAUUCUCAACUUCUCGUUUCGGCCUCGCGGCGACGAAUCCAUCUACAAACAAGAAAUCUCCCAAAUCUCCCAACCAGCCCGAGGACCCCCCACCCUUGAGCUUCAGUUUUGAUGGAUUGGGCAUGAGCCGGAACACCAAGCUUGCCGUGAUUACGAUCCUAAGCAUAUUCGGCACCAUAGAGUCCUUCUUUUGGGCUAAGUGGAUAUGGCGUUGGUUUGCGGGACCCUCCAAAGACGAACCGGAAAAUUCAUCAUGAAAAAGGAAAAAAAAAGAGUGUCAUUGCCCUGCUUAUUCUUCUCAUUUCCAAAAAUCUGGGUUACGGUUGACCUGAAAUACGUCGCCUAGCACCUCAUUUCAAGUUUCUUGGGCCUCAAAUCCAGGCGUUGGCGUCGAUAACUUGGUCACAAAGACCGCGCGUAAGGCGAGACGCCCUCGGAAUUUGAAAGGCCAAACUGCAGGAAUCAAAAUAGUGCCAAACAACUUUUCCUACAUCAAUUGGCCUUGUUCGUGGUUGGGACUCAAGACAACUUUAUUACCCAAGCUAUGCACCUGACAAGUGAAAGGGCGUAC